AUGAUUCAAGGAAUUCAUGAACGUAACGAACUGGCCAGAGAACGUGCUUGGUCUCGUAUUUAUCUUCAACCCGUAUUAGAAGCUGAAUCUGAUCGAGAUACUGUUCGUCGACACUUUGCUCGUAUUGCCCAAGAAAAGGAAAUCAUGAAGGACGUCCCAGGUUUUGAUGCCGAAGAAAGCGUCUACAACGACAAGCGUUUCCGCACUCCUUCCUUCAUCGCAACUCCAAAAUUCUAA